AUGUUGUCCACCAUCACCGCUCUCCUUCCUCUAUUCCUCAGCACCUCACUAUUCUCCAACAUUGUUCAAGCUCAGACAGAGAAUGGAGCAUGUGUAACCGCCUGCUUCAGCAGCAAUCCAAAAUCAUCUUUCUGUGACGGCGAUGAGCAAGGAACUGCCCUCGAUCAAUGCCGAUGCGCUAGCUACUCACUCACUGGCGAUCCACAAAUCGAGUGCAUCAAGUUGUGUCCUGAGGAUCAACAAUUGAUUUUCGCCAAUCAACUACCAGACUUGUGCAACGCAUUACUAUUUCCCAACUUGGACUUAUCCGCACCUUCUUCUGCUACUGCAGAAAAUACUGCCUCAGCCGCUUCAUCGCCCACGGCUGCGCCCACAGGCAGCACAACAUCAGGUUCGGGUGCUGCUUCAGCGACAUCCUCUGCCGCAAGUGGCACUGCGAGCGCCACUGGCUCUGCAGGUAGCGAUGCGACACGCGAUCUUCCUCAUGGUUUGUUUUGGUCGCUAGCGGGUGCCCUAGGUGUCCUAGCAUGGCUCUAG